UGCAACUUUCAAUAAGGACAUUUAUAAAGAGUUUCGGUAUUUCGCAGCAAAGUCAAAAGUCAUUUAGUGCAGAAAUACAAUUAUUUCACAAAUAACCAAUUUUUUUCUCAAAAAUGUAUUUUUAUGCAAACAAUUAUUUUCACGCGCGCCGCGCUACUGAUAUUCACUUUAAGGGGAGGAUGUGAGAACAGCUAUGCUUGGCUUUCUGUUGGACGGAGGCAGAGAGAGCAGCACUGAAGCUGAAUCUGAUCAGUGGGCGGGAUCCACGGCACGGCGCUAUGGCGAUGCUCUGCUGGAUGUUUUUAAAAAUCCAAACACCUGCUAACCUAGAUUCGUUUUGGAACACACUGCUAUAUUUCUUGUGAACGACAGUGCAAUCAUUGACAUGCGCUCUGCAAUGGAUCCGUGGAGGAGAAGGCAGCUCGGUUUUGUCGUCCUCUCCGCGAUUUGGAGUCUCGCCUCGGCUGUAACAAGAUACUCCAUCCCUGAAGAAAUUCCAGUGGGCACAGUGAUCGCAAAUAUCGCCACGGAUUUGGGCCUUGACGCUCACAGUCUGUUGGAACGAAAGGUAAAGCUGGAUUAUAUCCAUAGCAAGAAAUACCUAGAAAUAAACGAAAGCACAGGAGAACUGUUUAUCGCUGAGAAAAUUGACCGGGAGUAUUUAUGCCCGGCCAAAACAUCAUCGUUUUGCUUCCUCAAGAUGGACGUGAUAAUCGAGAGUCCAGUACGCAUAUUUAAUAUCGAAUUAGAAAUUAUGGACAUCAAUGACAACGCGCCUCAGUUCAGAAGAGAGAGAAUACCGCUCGAUAUUUCAGAAUCGGCAACACCCGGAGAGAGAUUUUCUUUAACAAACGCGGUGGAUGCAGAUGUUGGAGAGAACUCAAUCGAGACCUAUUAUUUGAGUGACAGCGACAGGUUUACUAUUGAAAUCCAGUCUGGAAGUGACGGGACUAAAUACGUCGACUUGGUGCUAAAAGCGAGUUUAGACAGAGAAAAACAAGCCGUUCAUAGGCUAACCCUCACCGCCGUGGACGGAGGCGUACCUGCGCGCUCAGGUACGGCCAGCAUUAUCAUCCAAGUGCUGGAUACCAACGACAACGCACCUCAGUUUGAUCGACAAGUGUACUCUGUUGACCUCAUUGAAAAUGCACCUAUCGGGACACUGAUUAUGCACCUGAAUGCAACCGAUUUCGACGAGGGUGUCAACGCGGAGGUCAUAUACUCCUUUACUUUAUACACAUCCGAGAAAACACAAGAAAAGUUCUCGUUGGAUCCCAACAGUGGAGAAAUAAGAGUAAAAGACACGAUCGACUUUGAAGAAGUGAAGAGCUUUGAGAUGUACGUUGAAGCCAAGGACAAGGGUGUGAAUCCACUUUCUGGUCAGUGUAAAAUUUUGGUGUUCAUCACCGAUCUAAAUGAUAACCAUCCUGAGAUUACAAUAAAUUCUUUUAAGAGUUCGAUUAAAGAAAAUGACCCUGUAGGAACAGUGAUCGCUGUCGUCAGUGUGAGCGACAGGGACUCUGGAGAUAAUGGCAAGGUUGUUCUUUCCAUCCACAAUGCUAAGAUGUUACCAUUUGCUCUUAAUAGGUCGUCUGAAGACUUUUUUGAGUUAAUAGUCAUAGAAUCGCUUGACCGUGAGCUCAAAAACAGUUAUGAUAUCACACUUUAUGUGACCGACAGAGGAACCCCUCCUUUGACUGAUAACGAAACAAUCACUCUUACAAUUCAAGAUGUCAAUGAUAAUGCCCCAACAUUCCCUCAAUCCUUCUAUACCAUUCAUUUCAUGGAAAACAAUGAGCCUGGGGCAUUGCUCACCUCCUUAACGGCCCAUGACCCAGACUCGCAUGAAAACCAGUAUAUUGUUUACUUCAUCAUAGAAAAGGAGAUCGCCAACACCUCAGUGUCCAUGCUGUUUUCCAUCAAUCCUGAGAAUGGCGACCUCUAUGCGUUACGCACAUUUGACUAUGAAAGAGAGAAGGAGUUUCUGUUUCACAUUGAAGCUAGAGAUUCAGGAGUUCCUCCUCUUAGCAGUAACAUGACCGUACACAUCAUCAUCCUGGACCAAAACGACAACACACCGCUCAUAGUUUCUCCAUGGCGUCCACAAGGUGCUGCUAUAGAAGAAGUAAUCCCGAGGUCAAGUGAUAAAGGAUCCCUGGUCACCAAGGUCAUCGCGUUGGAUGCAGACUCCAUGCAGAACUCUCGAAUAACGUAUCAGUUCCUCCAGAUCACAGACACCACGCUAUUCAGCCUUGACCAGUACAACGGCGAGAUAAGAACCAAUCGCAUGUUCAGCUACAGAGACCCCAGACAUCAACACCUGGUCAUCAUAGCCAGAGACAACGGAGACCCUCCUCGCUCCGCCACGGUGACCAUCAAGAUCUCCACAGUGGAGCAAGUGUUCACACAGUUUACCGAAACCACAGAGGUGCCUAUUGAAUACGACCUGUUCACCGAUCUCAACCUGUAUUUGCUGAUCGGUUUGGGGUUGGUGUUAUUUUUUCUGCUCAUAACCAUCCUAGUGAUCAUUGUGCUGAAAUGUCAAGAACCCAAACCCUCACAAGCAGCUCCUCAGGGUAGGAACAGCAUCAUCAGCCAGAGGAACUCUUCCACCAUUGCUGACUCUACUCUCAUCUCUAGUGAUGCCUACUGGUACAGUCUGUUUCUGGCAGAGACUAGAAAAGGGAAGGUGGUGGUGCGGCAGCCCCUUCCAAACGGGGCAGGGUUCAUUGUGUCAAGCAUCCCAGGAAGUGCUGCACUGACUGAGACCAGUGCUUCAAGGUCUUCCACUUUACAGGAGUCAAGCAGUGAUUUACCAUGAUCUGGACAUGCUGACUGAUGGAUUACAACCUUCCACACCAGGCUCACUGUCCGUGAGAGACAGAUUGAUCUGUUUUAAGGAUGUUGUUUUUUCAGGGUUUCAUUCGAUUUAAGACUGUGAAGAAUCACAUUUUUCAAACACCUCUGUGUGUAGCUACAAGAGAGCAUUUGAAUAUUGUUUUACAUUUUGUAUUAAUUUAUAAUAUUACAAAUUUAAUUUAUAUUACUUAUAGUUUACUUAUUUCCGUGCUCUUUUAAUUCUUGUGUCAGACUAGGCAUAAAGAAACACAACUCAGAUUAUUCAGUUAUUUUGACCAUCACUUCUUCUCCAGCUUCCUGUUCUUUGUAUUGCCUUUUCGGCUAAUAGAAGAAUGAACUUAUAUUUGACUUUCAAGACCAACAUUGUGUCAGAGAGAGACAUUCAGUGCGGCUUUGUGGCGAUUUAAGGCAGGGUCUAACAACUGUAUAUCAGCCACUUGUAACCACAUUGAGCAUGACUUUGCAUGGCUAAUACAAACAAGAUGGACUUUUUGUAUCUAAAAGCCUUUUAAAUAGACUCUACCAAAGAGCUAAGACAGAAGUGAAACUUCAGGACUCCAAGAACAACUGGACUUUCACCUGUCUGGUUCCAGUAAGAUACGAACUACAAAACAGCUGGUAAAGAGAUGAAAAGAGGGUCAAGACUGUUAAAUGGUUCUGGUAUUAAUGAUGCUCUGUUUUUACAUUGUUAAAACACGCUGAUGAGAAAGCUGUGGUCAUAUGAGCACAAUCUAAUGAGCCAGACACUGUCUAUACCUCAAAACACUUGGUUUGCCAGCUAUGUGGUGCACAUGACCCAUGUUUCUUUUUAUCCUGUCUACCAAAUACCAUAAACGGCCUAAAACAUUAAAAAGCAUUAAAAAAGUAUCUGAAAUCCUAGACAAAUGCUACAAAGAGUAAUAAUCACAUGAAUGACACUUUACAAAAAAAGUUUUACAUGUUUACAUAUUUAGUUAACUACAUUAGUUAACAUAAACUAACAUUUUUAAAACAUUUAUUAAUCUUAGUUAAUGUUAUUUGCAACACAAUUCAAUAUUAAAAUAAUACGGAGAACCUAAAGAGACAUGGUGGUGGAAUAAAAAUGGGUGUGAGUACAUUAUUUUUUUUUUUUACAUUUUUGCCUUCUCUCACAAAACUUUUGCAUUCACUCAAGAAACGUUGUAUUCCCUCACAAAACUUUUGCAUUCUGAGAACGCAAACAUCUUUGUGGGACGGGAGCUAAAGUUUUGUGAGGGAAUGCAAAUAUAUUUUUAAAGAAAGAUUACAAAUGUUUUUGCGAGGGAACGCAGUAAAAAAUAAAAUAAAAUCAAUAAAUAAUAAUAUAUAUAUAUUUUCCCACUUCAAUUUUUUUUUCCACCACCAAGUCCCUUUAGGGGCUCCGUAUAUUGCAAUAUUAUAUUAAUAUUACUGUAGUAUAGUAAUAUUAUAGACUUGAGCUAGCAUGAACUAGCAAUGAACAGUUGUAUUUUUAUGAACAUGUUAAAGGGAUACUCAACCUCAUAAUUAAAAGUUUGUCAGUAAUCACUUACCCCCAUGCCAUUCCAAACCCGUAAAAGCUUAAUUUGGAAGCUUUGAGACUGUCCCAUAGACUGCCAAAUUACAUUGUCAAGGUCCAGAAAAAUAGUCAAUCUGCCAUCAGUGGUUCAACCGUAACAUUACGAAGUGAUGAGAAUACUGUUUGUAAGUGAAGAAAACUAAAAUAACGACUUUAUUCAACAAUUCCUUUGUCAGCAGUGUCCUCUGAUUCUCUCCACAUCACCAUAUGCUGCCUAUGCUCUUUUGUAUCAGCCGCACCAAAAGGAUGUGCUGUUUCUACGUGUAUUUAUCUUUGAUUUGAAAGAAAAUCCUUGUGCAUCCUUGUGGCGCGGCUAAUACAGAAGAGCAAAAGUAUGUCUUGCAUACUUUUCUGGACCUUGAUAGUGUAACUUACUUGGCAGUCUAUGGGACAGUCUCAAGCCUCCCGGGUUUUCUCCAAAACAUCCUAAAUUAUGUUCCGAAGAUGAACAAAGCUUUUACGGGUUUGGAACGAGAUAGGUUUUACUGUAUGUAAAAAAUGAAUAAAUACAAAAGAAAAUGCCUUUGCUCAUUCUUAGUUAAUGUUAGCCAUAACAUUAAUUAAUUUUAAUUAAUGUGACCUUACAGUAAAGUGUUACCAUCAUAUCAGGUGCAAAAACAACAAAAAGGUUUUAAAUAUUUAUUAAUCUACCUUUUUGCAGAUAUAUGCAGCCAGUGCUAGAAUAAUAAUCUUGCCACAUUGACAACAAUAUAAACCAAUAGACCUUUUUUUGUUUAAGAAUCAACAAUUGUACUAUCAAAUUGUUAUUCAGUAUCAUUUCUGGCCUUGUUUACAUAAGUUUGUAAGGUUUAUAUCAUUUCGUAUUAUGAAAUUGAGAUAAAAUGCAUGUUAAUGAAAUUAAUGCUGCUUCUAUGACAGUGCAAUGUUUUAAGCAUUUAUUAUUUGUGGUGAUAUAUUCAACAAUUUUAUUAUAUAAUUUUGUAGAUCUGCUUGUGUCAUGACAGAAAUCAAAACUAUAUUCCUUUCCUUGUAUUAAAACAGUGUUUCAGCUUCUGAAGUGAGUGGGAAGGUGGAAAAGAAUGGCGAUAGAGCAGGAAAAAGUGGUGUAGGAGGAACAAGGAGAAAGAGAGAGAGAAAACAGAAAUAAAGGUCACUUGAAACAUUUGAUUUUUAUUUAGAUUGACACAUCCAGUUACUAGGACACAGAAUGACACUACAAAUUGCCAUUAGGAUUGACAGCCAUGUAAUGGUGACAGCUCAAAUUGGAUUACCUGGCAGCAGAUUUGAAAAAAUGCAGAGAUAAAUGAUACAAGUAUAAAAAUGCUGUGCCUUUAGCUGUUAGCUUUAGGACAGAGAAAAGUGUGCCUGAAAAGCACAAAAAAAAACAAAAAAACAAUGAAGUUCUGUAUGUUAAUACUUUCAGUAUAUAGAUCACAAUUUAAUCUCAUUUCAGUUUUUGUAUUUCUGUUGCCUUACUUGCGAAAUGUCCUUAUGCAAACAGUACACAAUGCCUUUGUAUCCUUGCUGGAUUUUAUGAUUUGCUUUUUGCUUGUAAAUUCUGCAAUGUGAAUAAAAGCUUUUACAGUAUA